AAGCAAAUCAGACUUGCCAUUUUUGGUGAUCAAUGGCUUUAGAUAUAAGAAUCCUAGUUUGCUUAAUUCCAAGAUGAAAUUGAAUGGAAGUCAACUUGAGGGCGUCUUUGUUCAAUAUUAACAUUUAACUUGUUGGUACUUGUACCUGUACGAGUAGAGAUUUCACAAAAUUCGUGCACUAGUCGUAGAUGGGUUUGCCCAUUUGCAGAAUUAAUGCAUUAAUCUGUUAGAUGGCCAGUAAAGUUGGUUUUGGAAUCGAUCGAUACAAAGUCCCUUUGUUCCCCUGGCAAAUGCCAAUUUUUGAUUAUAUGUAUGUGGUCGAUAAACUUACCAUGGAGGCAACAGCCAGAAAACUUCCUUUCAACGUUUACCAACAGCAGAGAGAGAUUCUCCAACAUUCCCAAGCCCUUAAUCAAAUACUCAAAUUCAAAACCAGCACUUAUGGAAAAUGAAAACUUAUGAAUUAUGAUAAUAUAUAUACAAAUUUAUUUGGUAUAGAUACGAAAUGCAUCCAAUUGAACUUAAAACGGCAUCGUUUUAGGGUAGCCCUGAAUUUUGAAAACAACACCUUGACAAAAUCAUUUUAUCUCAUCUUCUUCUUCUACAACUAGCAUCUUUCUUUUCCCAGUUUUCCUGGCUGCUCAGUCCCACUUGCUACCAGUUAACACCCAAUUCAAUCUUUCUUCUCAAAGAUUAUGUGGGCCUCCACUCGGAACUCUUCUCAAACUACAAACAAGAAGCUGCAGAAGCAGGAAAGAGAACGGUUAGGGGUGAGUUUCAGACCUGAAAACUUCAUUCCAGGCCUCGUUCUUGGUUUCAUAUUGGGGUUAUUGUUGGAUUUAUCAAAGCCCACUAAAACCCUUUCCAAGAAGAAGAAUUUCCUACCUGGAAAGCUUCAAGAACAAGACUUUGUUUCCACUAAUGCUGACCAAGACCUUAAAAUGGUUUUGGUGGUUAGACAAGACCUUAAAAUGAAAUCAGGGAAGAUUGCAUCUCAGUGUGCUCAUGCUGCCACUGGCAUGUAUGCAGAAUUGAUGCAAAGUGAUCGAUCCCUUUUGAGACAAUGGGAGCAUUGUGGGCAACCCAAGAUAGUCGUUAUAUGCAGGAAUCAACAAGAAAUGAACAAGUUAAGGGAAGCAGCUGAGAACAUUGGCCUUCCCACUUUUGUUGUUGCUGAUGCUGGAAGAACUCAGGUUUCAGCAGGGUCAAAGACAGUUCUUGCCGUUGGACCUGGUUUGUUUCUUUUGCAUUUUCUGCUAAAAGUGUUGCAAUUGCUUGUGUGUGAUAGAUAACUUUUUUUACCUGCCAUGACGGGUCCAGUGCUUAGUAGAUAAAUAUAUAUGAGAUAUGAUCACAUACGACUGCCUCAGUUAUGGAUGUUGCUUUUCACUUUCACCCACCAAAAUAACAUGUAAAAAUAGAAACCAGUUGGUUUUUGCACAGUUAUUGUACAUCUAUUGUUGUGAUU